UCGCUAUUGCUUUAUGCAACGUUUGGUAUGAAGUAUGAAAUUAUGCACUAAUAGUUAAUCUUUGUAUAACUUUAUACGAUGUUUCGUUAACAGUUUUAAAAUCCACAUAACUUAUGCGGAUUUUCAUAUCGAUAAUCAAACAUUUUGCAUAAUUAAUAUAGGCAUAAGUUAUAGGGAAAUUUGUGUACUAUUUUACAAGUACAUAACUGAAAGUAGAUUAAAUAAUACAUGUAUUAGCAAUGUGUGGAUAAGAACAUCUAAAGAUAAAAAUGCCCUUACAAUAGGUAAUCCCUAAAAAUAAUCUCCAUAUCAUUUAUUCACUGUAUAAUAAGUUAUAUAUUGUUUACUCUUUGUAUAACAAUUCUUAUAUUAUUUAUUCUCUACAUAAUAUGAGUUUUCGUAUCAUUAAUGCCCGUACAAACAAUCCAUGUGUUACAAUCCUGUAUAAUUAAUUCAUCAAGAAAACGAUUCCUUAUGGGUCAUUUGGUUGCUGGUUAGGAGCUAAGUUAUUCAUGUAUUAAAUUCUGCAUAAGUAAUACCAUGUGUGGUAGCAUUCUUUUGCUAUGUAUAAAAUUCAACACACCUAAUGUUGUAUGGUUUGCAACGUAUAACUAAUACAUGUAUAAAUUAUAAGAGAAUCUAUUUAUUAUUUUAUGCAAGGAUAGAAGAUGAAAUAACUAAUACAUGAAUAACUAAUUCCUACUUAAAAUAAUUUAUAGAUUACCUCAUAACUAAUCCUUGUAUUACUAAUAUCUCAGAUAACUCUAACCAGCAACCAGAUGACCCCUUAUGUCUAUGUUUGGCAAACUUAAGGUUGGAUUCUUAUUAAUGUGCAGCAUAUGCUACCUGCAUUCAAAUUGACUAUUAAUGAGAUAUUGAACAAAUGGGAGAACAUUAUCUCGAAAGAAGGAUCAGAAAUAGAUGUGUGGCCAUAUCUCCAAACUUUGACAAGUGAUGCAAUUUCAAGAACUGCUUUUGGCAGUAGUUAUGAAGAAGGAAGAAAGAUUUUUGAACUUCAAAAAGAACAACUUCAACUAAUCGCAGAAAUGUCACGCACAAUAUACAUCCCAGGAAGGAGGUUUUUGCCAACUAAAAGGAAUAAAAGGAUGAAGCAAAUCUUCAAUGAAGUAAGAGUACUUGUACUGGGAAUUAUCAAUAAAAGAAUGAGGAUGAUUGAAACCGGAAAAGAGCAUGAUGAUUUAUUGGGUAUAUUAUUGGCAUCCAAUUUAAAAGAAAUUCAACAACAUGGACAUAAAAAAUUUGGUAUGAGCAUUGAUGAGGUGAUUGAAGAGUGUAAAAUGUUCUAUUUUGCCGGGCAAGAGACUACCUCAACUUUACUUGUAUGGGCAAUGAUUUUAUUGUGCAAGUAUCCUAUUUGGCAAGAAAGAGCUAGAGAAGAGAUUCUACAAGUUUUUGGUAGUGAUGAAGUUGACUAUGACAAGUUGAAUCAGCUAAAAGUAGUAACUAUGAUCUUAAACGAAGUGUUAAGGUUGUAUCCAUCAGCAUAUGUGAUUAACCGAAUGGUACACACAGAAACAAAGUUAGGGAAUUUGUGUUUACCCUCUGGGGUGCAACUCAUAUUAACAGCAAUUUUGUUGCAUCAUGAUACUGAAAUAUGGGGAGAUGAUGCAAUGGAGUUCAAUCCUGAGAGAUUUAGUGAAGGAAUAUCAAAAGCAACAAAAGGACACGUUGUAUUUUUACCAUUUAGUUGGGGUCCAAGAAUAUGCAUUGGCCAAAACUUUGCUAUGUUAGAGGCAAAAAUGGCAAUGGCCAUGAUUCUAAAACACUAUGCAUUUGAACUCUCUCCAUCUUAUGCUCAUGCUCCUCAUCCGCUAAUGCUUCAACCUCAAUAUGGUGCUCAAUUAAUUAUGUACAAGUUGUAGAAAUGUGUCUUUUGUCUAGAUAUGGUCGUAAUAGCAUUGAUACUACCUUUUAUUUCUCCGCCUUCAUUUGUAUAUGACUAUUAUGUUGAUGACCCUUCAAAUCAGACAUUAAGGAAAGGAUCACAUUUGAUAACGACUAGUUAAUAUAUAAAAUAUGUCAUCCGAAGCGCGCGCA